UCAGGCCCCUCCCUGACAGCAACAGUGACUGUGAGGUACACAGCUGGGGCUGCCUCUUUUUCUCCAGCAUCUGCCAGGAAGCAUUGAGAGUGUGCUGUAGUGAGAGUGUGUGUGUGUGUGUGUGUGUGUGUGAGUGUGAGAGAGGGACUCGUUACUGAAGGUACUCAGCAGGAGGAACAGCUGUCGUGGCAGCAGAGAUGGGGGUCAGAUACACUUUGCACUUCUGGACACUGGCUCUUGUCAUCCUACCGGGUGUCCUUGGUGAUAACUGGGGUGUGUGGUAUUCAAAGACAGAAAUCUGCGCAGUGAGGGAGUCCACCGAAACCAUCCGCUGUCGAUAUACAUAUCCUGAGUUAACAGUGAAUACAAACCCACCAGGAAGAAUAAAAGAGGGAGACAAUGUGAAUCUGACCUGUGAUACAACCUGCAAACUGAACCAAUCAGAGAUCACCUUAUUGAAAAACAAGCAGGACUUGGGACUACCCUCACUUCAGUUCAAUUCUAUUUCCUACCAAAACUCUGGAAACUACUCAUGUGCUCUGAAAGGCAAUAUAACAAUCUCAUCUAAACAAAUGAUUCUGGAUGUUCAAUAUCCUCCCAAGAGCACCUCAGUGUCAGUGAGUCCCUCUGGUGAAAUAGUGGAGGGCAGUUCAGUGACUCUGACCUGCAGUAGUGAUGCCAACCCACGAGUACAGAGCUACACCUGGUUUAAAGAGAAUAGAGCUGUAUCCUCAAAGAGACUCAAAGAGACUUACACCAUCAGUAAUAUGAGCUCUGAAGACAGUGGACGGUACCAUUGUCAGGCUCAAAAUGAGCACGGAGUAGACAACUCUACUGCUGUGGCCCUCACUGUAGCAGCCAAACACAGUGCUCAACUGAUAAUUGCUCUAGCACUGGGGAUUAUUUUGAUUGUCCUGGUUGUUGCUGUGAUGACCAUCGUUUAUUUCAAGAGGAGGAAAUCUGAGGGCCAAUCGGGUGACCCUGGCGGCAUCAAGCAAGCUGAGGAGGAGGGAGUCAGCUACGCCUCCAUUCAGUUCAAAAAGAAACCGGCAAAGAGGAGGAAAUCUGAGGGCCAAUCGGGUGACCCUGGCGGCAUCAAGCAAGCUGAGGAGGAGGGAGUCAACUACGCCUCCAUUCAGUUCAAAAAGAAACCAGCGAAGAGCUCAGCACAGCAGCAGGAGCAGCCGAUGGAUGACUCCAAUAUCUACAGCACACUGAAGAAUUAGAGUCCAGCUUCCCCACAGCAUUUACAUUACAUUUUUGUCAUUUGGCAGACACUUUUAAUCCAAAGAGAUUUACAAGUGCCAGCAGGGGCCUGUUCCACAAACCAGGAUUACUGAAUAAUCCAAAUGUUGAAUCCUGUUGUGUUUUUAUAUGAUAUGAAUGGUUAUGAGAGGUUAUGAGGUUACGUGAAGUUAAUUUGGCUCCUACGAAAAAACUAUCAUCCAAAAACUUUUAUAAAUCCCACAUUAUUUUGGCAAAUGCAUUUCCGAAGAAUUAAGGGGGAAUUUUGUUCGGCUCACAUUUGAUAAAUGAGGCCCACUGUGUGCCUAUACAGCUUUGCUAGUUAGCCCCCAAUAACAUGUGUUUUUUUUAUACUUGAUGUGUGUGUGUUUACAUUUAAUUCUUAAUCUUGUAUGUAUAUGAAUUGUGUGUAUGAAUUUAUUUGAAUUAUAUUCUAUUUUAAUUCUACUUCCUUAUAUUCUAUUUUAAUUCUACUUCCUUAAAUUCAAAUUACAUUUCUGUAUCCUGUUUUCAACUGCAAUUCAAAUCCAUGAAUUGAAUUGGAAUGUCAAAGGCAUUCUAAAUUCAAUUUGGAAUCGUGCACAACCCUGGUGCGCACAUAGAAACGGUCUUUUGCGUGCAAGCAUUCUCUCAGGAAAGUAUUUUUUUUAUCAUUGAAAGCCUUUCUUCAGCUAUCCUCUUAUGACCGCUUUGCGCAAGCAAAGAUGUCUAUGUUCAUCAUCCCACAAUCAACCACAAAGCAGACAGUUAAGAACACAUGCCAGUAAAGAAAAACAGGAACGGCUGCAAAAGAUAACCUACGCGAGUCUUGUUACUCAUGCAAAUAAAUGAUGGUUACUUCAAGGAGGAACCUAAGGGAGCCGCGGUGUUGCCACAGGCUAACAUUA